CGUAAAUGUAUCCAAAUAGUAUAUCAUGUUUGAUGAAGGUAUCAUCAUGAUUGCUGGAUCCCAAACCGGUGUCUCCCGAAUGCAAACCAACCGCCCAAUGCCUUGAAUCCCAAAUGCCCAAAUCCCAAUCCAACCACGGCUCCAAGGAUGCAAAAGAAAGAGAAAGGAAGAAAGAGAGAGAGAGAGAGAGAGAGAAAGAAAAAGAAAAAGAAAAGAAAACCAAAAAAAAAAAACACCACACACCACACAUAUACACAAACACCACCACAACACACACCACCACACAGAACACA